GUGGACCCGUGCCUGCCCCGGACCAGCGGCGGCGGCGCGGGCGGCCCGGGAGCGGGCGGGGUCAUGGGCUGCACCGAGGCCCGGCGGCGCUGCGAUCGGGACAGCCGCUGCAAUCUGGCGCUCAGUCGCUACCUGACCUACUGUGGCAAGCUCUUCAACGGGCUGCGCUGCACCGACGAGUGUCGCACCGUCAUCGAGGACAUGCUGGCCGUGCCCAAGGCGGCGUUACUUAACGACUGCGUGUGCGACGGCCUCGAGCGGCCCAUCUGCGAGUCGGUCAAGGAGAACAUGGCCCGUCUGUGCUUCGGUGCGGAGCUGGGCAAUGGCCCGGGCAGCAGCGGCUCGGACGGGGGCCUGGACGACUUCCUGCCCUAUGGGCCUGGGCGCAGGAGCAGCGGCGCUGGCCGCUCAGCGCCCCAAGACGCCUGGACCCCGCUCGCCUCCAUCUUGCUGUUGCUGCUCUGGCCUCUCUUUUAGCCCUCGCGCUCCCCGCGGUCCGCUGCGGGAGGACCGCACCCCCGCUUCUGCGCGCGCUCCCCGGCUCGCUCUCCUGUCGGGGCACCUGUGGUUUGGGGGACAGAGAGGGGGUCGUUGGGUGUACUCCCUAAGCAUUUUCCCAAUUGAUUUGGCCUAGCCGGUCUCUCCCUUACAACUCUUGAUCCUUCCCUUGUGUCCUCUCCCGGGGGUGACUUCUUGUGUUUACUUUCGUCCGGAUUCCAAAUUCCAUAAAGUCCUAACCUGUCUGCUCGCUAGAAACCUAGCUUGCCGGGUUCUGCACGCUCGAGAGGAAACGGGUGUUGGGGACAGAACCGUAGUCCUGGACUCGGAAGAGAGGAUGGAUGCGGACCUGUGGGACCUAUUCCUAGGGACUGGGAUUGGAGUAGGGAGUUUAAAGGAGGAAUUCUAUUUACAAAGAGGCUGUUUAUUAGCGGUUUUCCAAAGGGGGGGAUGGGGGGAAAGUGCCGGUAUCGAAUUUUAUGAUGUGGCCAGUGAGGACACUACAAUCCUAAGUAAACAGAAAAGCCCCUCUUAUCGUUUACCCCUGGUAUCAGCGCCCAGAAUUCCCAGUGACAGUUGUGGCGGUGAUUCUCCUUAGGUGGAACCCAUUGUGUAGUUCUGGAUAACUUCAAGCCCUUCACUUUAAUUUCACUACUACUACUCUUAUCUCAGCACGUUUCUUAGGAUUAAGGGCGCACAAACCGCUUAUCUAAAGAGUUGGUCUGGGGUUGAACAAUGCAACUUUUUAUUUAAAAGGAAAAAAAAAGCUCUGCACUGCCAACUAUUAAAGACUGUUUAUGAUGUCUAUUUUUGUUGUCGUUAUUUUUGUUCUCUACGCCAAGAAAUUGUAUGUACAAAUAUGCAGAGAAUGUAUAUUGCCUCUGCUCUUAUCAGGGUGUUAAACCCUGGUACUUCGUAUAUAAAGAGUAUUAAAACUGGGAUUUGUUACCAGUGUUGUACUUUGUAUAUAGAAUUUUUAUAAAAUGUAUGCUUCAGAAAUAAUUUAUUUUUAAAAAGAAAUGAAAAGUUUUAAAUCCACAUUCAUGUUACACCUUCCCCCCACACACCCGAAAAGUGUAGAAUUCAUGUCACCAAUGAUUCUAAACCUACAGUCCAUUGUGAAGUGUGCUCUAUUUAGAACAGUCUUGAAAUGUACAGUGUAUUUUAUAGAUUGGAAGUUAACCUUCUUAUUUUCAAGAAAAUUUAUGGACAUUGUAGAAAUGUAUAAAUGCAUUUCCAAACUGCCUUAAACAUUGUAUUUUUAUAGACAUCAUUUUAAAGUUCUAUGUUUUAAAUAACUAUGACUUUGGUUUUUUGUUUGUUGUUUGUUUUUAUUAAAAUGUGUACAUCAGUAAAGAGUUUUAAACAAUGAA